AAGUUGGCUCAAGGCUGCUCGAGCCCUCUGAUUUCCGACUCGCCUCCGUACGCCAUGACGAAGGCGGUCUACUACAAGCUGUGGGCGACCACAGCGAAUUGGACCCAGCGCACUCAGUAUGGCUGGUACCAGGUCUGGUCGCGAAUGGCGCCGUGGGCCGUUUACGUAGCAAUGCCAACGGCGGCCUGGUACAGCUUCAACUGGUGGAGCGAUGAGUGGAAGAAGAUCUUGACCCUCGGCAUCUACGAGCCCCCAUCCAUCCAUUGGGACUACUGCAUGACCGGCGCGCGAUCUGACUUUGUGAAGUAUCACGCGCAGUAUCCCGGGAUUCCCUACAAGUGAAGCAGCGGGAUUUGUUCCGCUUCACAUUUGUGCCGAGCUUUGCGUUGCGGAGCUUAUACAUGAUGGCUUGAG